UUUUAAAAAAAAAUUCCCAACGCGAACGUGAAUCGUUCAUGUUCCAGCAUCUGCAGAAAAUAUAUUAUUCGAUUGUUCUGUUUGAACCAAUGCCAAACAACAUAACAAUGGAAAAUUGUUUAUAUGAAUAACAAAAAGCUUGUAAUUAGAAAAAGAAAAUGGAGUCCGAACUCCAAGAAAUAAAUCUAAAACCGCCAAAACAACCCGACCCGAUUCCCGACGACCGUCCUCUCCUCAAAUCCGUUACAACAAUCUUCGCCUCCGACACCGACGAACUCGAGAAGAAAUUCGCCGCAUACGUCAGGCGCGAUGUUUACGGAACAAUGGGACGCGGCGAGUUACCGACGAAGGAGAAGGUUUUGCUCGGUGUUGCGCUUGUGACGCUUGUUCCGGUGAGGGUGGUUGCGGCAAUGACGAUAUUGUUGUUGUAUUAUUUGAUUUGUAAGUUUUGUACGCUUUGUUCUGUUCCGAAUCGUGAAGAUGAACAAGAAGAUUACGCGCAUAUGGUUGGAUGGAGAAGGAUCGUUGUUGUUCAGUGUGGGAAAGCUCUUGCUAGGCUUAUGCUUUUUAUUUUAGGGUUUUAUUGGAUCAGACACUCGUAUCGUGUAGAAAACCCUACCUCCAAUGAGAAGGAAAACAAAGUCAAGCCUGAAGAGAUGGGAAGACCCGGUGUAAUAAUAUCUAAUCAUGUAUCAUACUUGGAUAUUUUGUAUCACACGUCUUGCUCAUUUCCAAGUUUCGUUGCUAAGAGAUCAGUGGCUAAACUUCCUCUAGUUGGUCUCAUCAGUAAGUGUCUUGGUUGUAUCUACGUUCAGCGGGAGUCAAAGACAUCAGACUUCAAGGGUGUUUCAGCUGUUGUCACUGAAAGAAUUCGAGAAGCCCAUCGGAAUACAUCUGCUCCAGUUAUGAUGUUAUUUCCAGAAGGGACAACCACAAAUGGAGAAUAUCUCCUUCCAUUCAAGAGUGGUGGUUUUUUGGCAAAUGCACCAGUACUUCCAGUAAUAUUAAAUUACCAUUACCAGAGAUUUAGUCCUGCCUGGGAUUCCAUAUCCGGGGUGCGCCAUGUAAUUUUUCUUCUCUGUCAGUUUGUAAAUUAUAUGGAGGUGACAGAGUUACCUACGUACUAUCCCUCACAGCAGGAGAAGGAUAACCCCAAAUUAUAUGCAAAUAAUGUUAGAACGUUGAUGGCUAGUGAGGGUAAUAUGAUACUCUCAGAUAUUGGGCUAGCUGAGAAACGAAUAUAUCAAGCUGCUCUUAAUGGUUUGUUUUCCCAAUGCUAAUUUGUAUUCUGGUUCAUAAUGCUAUUAUGUCCAGAAAGAAAGUUAACAUAGAAAAUUCUGCGCUGAGCAAGAUUCAUAUUUGAACUGUAUUCUAUCGUGGAUCCUUAUUUUGUAGCGUCAAUGUCGUUCAGCAUAGAGACCUUCUGGUACUAAUUUUUGGUUGAUCCUCUCAAGUAUUAGGUGGUUUACAGUAUAAUCGCUGAUUCUGAUUAUUCUUUUAUUGAUUAGGGAGAUUUAGGCUCCAAGUUUUUUAACCUAGUAAUCUUGACAAGAGGAUGCUUUAUAUCAUAUAUUAGGAAUUUAAAUAUUUAGGAGGAGCACAGAGAAGUACGUAAAUAUGUAAAAUAUUAACUUUGAUUUCCUGAAUUUUACCGUUUCAGCUAGUUAGAGUUUUUUAUAAGAACCUACUGAAUUAAAAAAAAUGGUUGAAGAGCUGAGAAACACAAGAAGUUCUCACAAGAAGAUUUAAGUAGAAGGUUGAGUUCAAAUUCGAGAAACUAAUAAAUUCUAUUAAUUUGCUAGCAUUUGCUUAUAAAAGAAUGACAUUUGUACAAUAUUAAGCAAAUACAUGUGAACAUCUUUGUAAUCUAGGACACAGUAGGUUCGAACUGUACAAUUGAAAUACUUGAUUUAACAGUUUGACAAAAGUAUUUCAAAUGAAAAAGGUUAAAUUACA